ACAGAGAUCUAUAUUGUGUCUGGAAUCCCAACUUGAGAAUUGUCCACAGAAUAAAGACAUACAAAGGAAAAUUAAGGGAUUGAAAAAUCUUUGUUCUGACAUAUCUAGGAAGACAGGUAUGAAUUCCUUCAAGACUUGUCUUGCCAGCUCCAAAAUUAAACAGAACUGCAAGCAAUUCUUAAAACCACCUUUGCAAAAAGAAACGGAAAGUAACGAAUGCAAAAGAAUAUCAGAUUAUUCAUCAUGUGCUACGAUGGCUUUACCUACGUGUGAUAAUGAAGAAAUUAAGGAAUUUGUAUCAGAAACUGCUAAAACACUUACGAUUUUGAAUUCAAGGCGUGAAGGUGGCAUCCAGUGUCAAUCGAGUGACGGGAGAACAUAUUUUCCGGAUUUAUCGACCCUCGUUCUUACAGGUCUCCUUACGUGGAUGAGCAUUUCCUUUUAAAACAACUACCUCAGUAUUGUUUAUUACAAUGUAUUACUUUUUAAAAAAAAAAUUUUUAAACAAUUUUUCUUGUAAAUUUGGCUGUAUCUAAAACGAGUGCAUAGUGUAAAACUGCUUACGUAAAUAAUCGUAUGGAAGUAUUAGUUUCUCUAGAAUGCGUCUGAUAUUUAUUUAUUUAUAUUGAUGAAUAUUUUCUAUUAUAAAGAACGUUAGCUAGAAUUCAAAUCUGAACUCAUGCUCACACAUUGUUGAAAGGUAUUCUAAAGGAGUUAUUUGAAGAUAUCUGACAGUAGUAUGGAAUACAGUUUUAAGGUUCAUUACUUAAUCAACAAAUGUGAGCAUUACUUUAUAGAUGUAUGAAUGCAAUAAAGAUACAAAAAUACAUUGGUAAAAUAUUAAAAUAUUUUGAAGAAAAAAAUUAAAGCAAACUUUUAGAAUGUAUAUUUUACCUAGCGAAUUAUUUUCUUAUUCUGUAAUGGUGACAUUCUUCCAUUAAAAAAAUAUGAUUGUAAUCUUCCUUCUGGAAAAAGGCUUUUUAUAAGAAUGUUGUAUGAAUAAUAUAUGUAUCUUAUGAAAAACAAUCAUCAAGUAUGUAAUGUAA